AUGGUGGAAGCGGGACACGCUUCAGCGGACAAUGGUGCUCAAGAGACCCCGGCUCAACAGACCCCGGUGGUCUCUCAGGUGAAGCCCGACACCAAGGAAACUGCACCAGUAAGAGCUAUUGAAGGCAAAGGUGGUGGGGACAAGCCGGCCACGCGGCAGUCGCGGGACCCCGCCGCAGCCACUACAUCUUCGGAGGGCGUAAGAACGAAGAAAGGGCAGGACGUUUCUGGCGUCGAGAGGCAGCCAACCCCACGCCCCGGGCAUGGCAGUAGCAGGGCGGCUGGGAAGUGGAAGGGUACCCCAGUUUGGAGAACGUCGCCGGAGCAGGGCAAGUCUGCGACAAAUCCAAGGAACACUGCACUUCUGUCAGGAAUGGGUGCGUUCUUUGUGACCCCGGAGCAAACAAGCCCAUGCAAGCUUCGCUACAAAUGCAGCAGGGUGCACUCGAACCGUAGAAGUUCCCCACCUUCGGCAAGGUCGCCUGGGCUGGCCGAAACAGCGACGACUCCAACAGGCACGGCGUCAUCGACAGCGGCGCGUGUACCCGCUUCGGAUAACCCGGCCUCUAGGAAGCCGCCGGAUCCGGCGAAAGCGGCGACGACUCCAAGAGGCACGGCUGCAUCCACGGGGGCGCGGUUCUCUUCAACGGACAAGCAGCUUUCGACAACGACCGGCCAUCGCAACAACAACGAUGACAGGUUGGCGGCGAUCGGUAGGAGCAACCCGUCUUCGACGGCGUCGCCGCACCCGGUUAAAACAGUGACGACUCCACGAGGCACGGCCUCUUUGACAGCGACUCGUGUUCCGUCUUCAGCCAGGCAAAUAAAAACACCCAUACCGACCAAUCAUCGUAUUGCUGACAGGGCGGUCAAGAUUGGGCAGGGUAACCCGGCCUCGACAACUUCGCCUCAUCCGGCCAAGACAGCAACAACUCCGAAAAACACAGCGGUGUCGACUGGAAAUCGUGUGUUAUUUGGGACCAGACAGCCAACAACACCGGCCACCCUUCACGCUGGCAGGACGGCAAAGGAUGCUACGAUUAGCCCGGCCUCGACACCGUCGCCGCAUCCAACCAAAACAGCGGUGACAACUCCACGAGGCACGGCGGCAUCGACAUCGACUCGUGUGCCCUCUUCAGCCAGGCAGCCAACAACGCCGACUGGCCGUCGCGGUAACCACAAGGACAGGGCAGUCACGAUCAGGCGGGGUAACCCGGCCUCGACAACUUCGCCGCACUUGGCCAAGGUAGCAACGACCCCGAGAGACAGAGCGAUAUUGACUGGAAAUCGUGAUUUCUUUGGGCCUAGGCAGCCAACAACACCGACCAGCCUUCGCGUCGUCAGGGCGGUAAAGAAUGCUAAGAUAGGUUCGGCCUCGACACCGUCGCCGCAGCCGGCCGAAGCAGCGGUGACGACUCCACGGGGCAUGGCAACAUCGGCAUCGACAGCAUCGGCAUCGACGCUCGUUCUCUCUUCAGCCAGGCAGCCGACAACGCCGACUGGCCGUCGCGCGAAGACACCAACAAGUACGCCGAGCGCGACACGCGACCGGAUUUCACUCGUCGCUCGCCAGGCAGCAGAAGAGAUCCGACGUCGCAGCAUGAGUGCCAGGGCGUUCAUGAACCGUGGCGGCAAGUUGGCGUCAGGAAGAUCGCCGGAGCAGGCCGAUGCAACGACGCCCUCAGAAAUCAGUUCUCUAUUGGCGGAUACAUCUUCCUCUGCUGUCGCCAGCAACUCAGCGCAAGGACUUGGCAGCACUAGCAGCGGAGGGACCAUCGAGGGUAGACAUGCUACGGCCGAAUUAUCCGCUGGGGCCCCGGCAGACCCUGGGUCCGGGGUGGAGCCUUCCCCAAUCGUUCCUGCCAUGGGCGAGAAAUCGUUGCUUGAGGCCGGAGGCCAGACAAGGGACCACCCUGUUCAGCGGCCCAGAUCGGACUUCGCACCGAGGCCAACGUGCUCAAUGGCGGAAUACAUGAUGCCCCAGAUCCAGUUGCUGAAUGCUCUGCAGCGCACCGUGCUGCUAAGCCCGUUUUAG